GAUAUAUAGAGUAAUUAGACUUGUGAGUUGCUUGAUUUAUGUUCCGUUAAGCCUGUUGCUAACAGUUUGAAACUUGCUGAGUUUUUUUAGUACCGCAUAAAAAGUCGUGACAGCAAAGACAGACCUUGGCCGAGCUGGGUGUCUGCACUCAAGGCUACUGGAAAGUUUGGUAACUAGGACGUGGAGAUAAAUAUAUGAGACUAUCCAAGCGAAGCAGUACUCCCCAGGCGAAGCAGUACUCCCCAGGUUACUUCAAAGCAGAACCUUUAAGAUAAGAAACGAAGAUGCAUACCAGUACCAGUCAGAAAGAGAUAAGAAGAAUGCUGGUGAAAGCAUCAUCGUUGGAACCUAUCCAGGACUCAAAAGGUGAAAAGUACACAGCGAGGAAGACGUCUUACUUCAUCUGAGGAAGACUACUUACUUCAUCUUGAGACCCCUGCCCACGACCACCAGGAGGCACUGCGCAAGCGCAGAACAUAUGGAAAUGACUUUUGUACUCAUUAUAAUACGAAGCGGGGAUAGGUCAUGAAUAUGUAUCAGCAUAGUGGGAAAGGUGAUGCAUAUGUAAUACUUUACAGGAUAAAUUGUGAGCACGUUGUAACGGUCUUCGGAACCAGAUUUGGGUGGGUACCCCUGGUUCCCGGGGCCUCGGAAUAAAGCACCACAUAUAACCUCCUUAGAGUGGUUAUGUGUUCUUCUCUCGGCUAACAGUUUUGGCGACCCAGAUGGGACCUCGCGGGCAUUGCUGAGGCGGCUCGCGCAUCGAUUCAGCUCCAGCCGGCACCGAGUGAUUCUCGGGGAGCCAUCGACCGCGACCGACCUCCGGUGCUCUCGACGGACCAACGGCAUUGUAGAACUUUGAUCCGGUUGCGUAGUGCCCUGAUCUGGAACCGACCGCUCUCGUUGGAGACUCCAGUACACGAGAUCGAGCCAGGAGACCAAGUCUACGUUCGUGAUUGGAGCGAGGAACCACUUAAGGAACGGUGGAAUGGACCGUACCUGGUGCUGUUAACUACCUUCACCGCUGUAAAAGUGGAAGGAAUUAACUCCUGGAUUCACUACACUAGAGUGAAGAAAGUCCCGAAACAUUGGGAAUCAGAAGCCUUAGGACCUACGAAGCUGAGACUGAAAUGCAGAUAAGAUGUCGUGUUAUAUGUAUAGCACUGUAAUUGUGAUUUGGUUAGUCUUACCUAUAAUAAUUGUUGGUUCCUUAGAAGUUUCAUUAAAAAGGGAGGUGGUGACGUAUAUUGUUGGACAAAAUGCCACUCUGUCUUGCAGGUUUACCGUGCCAAUGGGAGGAGAACUAAUAAGGGUUAUCUGGGAAAAGGAAUCGGAAAGUUUUGAAGUACCUGAGAUAAUUUUCGACAGCAAGGACAAAGGAUUAGUAGGGCAUGAACAGGAGUUGCAGGAAAAUUGGCAAUCUAGAAGUAAAGUAAUGAACAGGCUCUGGUCACGAAAUCUUACUGAAGGAGAGACUAAAUUAAGGAUAGCCAAUCUGACUGAACAAAUGCGGGGAAAAUAUCGUUGUCUGGUCAAGACAAACAAUAGUAUAGACUACGGUGAGAAGAUAAUAUACAUUACUAAAACUAGAAUCAGACGAGCUAUAAAACCGGCCGAAUCACCCCAGAUAAUUCAGGUACCCCAGCGUGAUCCGGAAGAAAAUCUAAUGAUAGGAUUAAUCAAAGAUUUUGCAAAAAUGCAAAAUACAAGCAGAAUAACGGCAUGCCUCCCAAUACCAAAAGCAGCUGGAGAACCGAUUGAGUGGGGAAUAAUAACAAUACCACUCCCAGAAGAAGACAAGACAGUUAAGUGUCAGGAGAUAGAGGUGAUAAAAAACGUAACAAAAACAGAAUAUGACAGAAAGGGACUCAUGGGCCCUAUAUUAAAAUCAUGGUGUGAACAGCAAUUAAACUUUCAAUUCACACAGAAAGGACCAGGAGUAGGUGAAUGUAUAUAUGAUGAAAAAAUUGAAGUAAAAACACAGACAAAAGAAAUAACCUGGAACUGUCAAACAAAGGACAAUUUGGAACAAAAUUGGGAUACAAUUUGGUCACUGAGUAUUGUACAAAAAUUUCGGUAUGGUGGAAACACAUCUUGGUGUCUCAGAUGGUCAGGGAAAUAUAAUAUAGCAGGAAAUACGAACCUGUUGUCAUUAGACAGAGUCAGUCUAGAUACUGUUAAAAAUGUUCCUUGGUGGAAUUGCACCAGAAUAAUGGAUUGUGAUACUGAUCCAGAAAAGAUUGCAAUGCCCCCAAUUAGAAUUGCUUUAAAGGUAGGAUGUGCAUGCCGAGGAUUUAAAGUUGGAGGAAAACCGAUACAAGCCCCGGCUGAUGGAAUAAACUGCAGACAUUUGAUGAUACAUAGCAUGGGACAUCUUGUUUGGGCACUCAGUGAUGGUACCUGGACCACUCACCUUCCAAUAACAGGGCCAGUGCGGGAAAUUACCUUAGGACUCCCCACUUUAUGUCCAAUCUGGAAACGUUCCCCAUUCAGGGGCAAACUAGAAACUUUGCAGAUUCGAACCAAAAGAAGUAUUGACGAUGGUAUAGACAAUAUAGAUGACACUUGGCAAGAGCCUGAGACAGGAGUGAAAGUAGGAUGGGCACUUGAAUCCCUUUUUGCUCAAAUAGCUGCAUAUCGCAAUAGGGAAGCGAUUUAUAAUUUAAUUGGACAAACUGAGAGAUUGGCCAAGGUGACUAAAAAAGGCUUUAGGGAUCUAAAUUUGCAAUUACAGGCAACAACCAAAAUGACUCUGCAAAACAGAAUGGCAUUAGACACAUUGCUGUUAAAGGAACAUGGUGUUUGUGGAUAUCUCAAAGAUAGAAUCGAUCACUGCUGUGUACAUAUACCAAACGUAACUGCAGAUAUAGAAUAUGACAUUGCUCAAUUAGGGAAAAUUGAAGAGGAGGCUGACAAGGAAAAGGAAGAAAUAAGUCAAAAUUGGGUAGGAGCAUUAUUUGAUGGAUUGGGAAUUCACCUUACUGGGUGGAUUCAUUCCCUCAUAGAGACAGUGUGUACCCUAUUGCUUGUGUUCCUCGUAAUCUAUUUGGUAUAUUUUUGCAUUCGAAGAGAAAUAACCCGGAAUACCAGUUGGACACAUAAAAUCAUUGGAGCAGUGACACGAGAAUAUCCACGACACCCAAUAACUCCUCCUCUUACCUAUCAGGAAACUACUACAUGAGUGAAAAUACUUGCAAAAGAUGAAGUAUUUUCAAAGGGGUGAAAUGUUAGAUAUAUAGAGUAAUUAGACUUGUGAGUUGCUUGAUUUAUGUUCCGUUAAGCCUGUUGCUAACAGUUUGAAACUUGCUGAGUUUUUUUAGUACCGCAUAAAAAGUCGUGACAGCAAAGACAGACCUUGGCCGAGCUGGGUGUCUGCACUCAAGGCUACUGGAAAGUUUGGUAACUAGGACGUGGAGAUAAAUAUAUGAGACUAUCCAAGCGAAGCAGUACUCCCCAGGCGAAGCAGUACUCCCCAGGUUACUUCAAAGCAGAACCUUUAAGAUAAGAAACGAAGAUGCAUACCAGUACCAGUCAGAAAGAGAUAAGAAGAAUGCUGGUGAAAGCAUCAUCGUUGGAACCUAUCCAGGACUCAAAAGGUGAAAAGUACACAGCGAGGAAGACGUCUUACUUCAUCUGAGGAAGACUACUUACUUCAUCUUGAGACCCCUGCCCACGACCACCAGGAGGCACUGCGCAAGCGCAGAACAUAUGGAAAUGACUUUUGUACUCAUUAUAAUACGAAGCGGGGAUAGGUCAUGAAUAUGUAUCAGCAUAGUGGGAAAGGUGAUGCAUAUGUAAUACUUUACAGGAUAAAUUGUGAGCACGUUGUAACGGUCUUCGGAACCAGAUUUGGGUGGGUACCCCUGGUUCCCGGGGCCUCGGAAUAAAGCACCACAUAUAACCUCC